AUGCCCCCGAGGGCCGCCGCCCCGCGCACGCGGCUGUGCUCGGGUCCCGGCCGUCGAGCACAGGGGUGUAGCUGCACCCAGUGGUUGUCCCGCGCCCACCCCGGAGCUCCGAGAAGCUCUGGGACCAGAUCGUUACCACCCGUGCCAGGCUGUCCCGCCUACCCCACGCCCGCCCGGAUCUGGGGGCGAACCCGCCACCGCCGCGCCCUCCCCGUAUCCGGCUCCGCAGUGACACGCGCAACCCUCGCCCCACCCCGGGCCACGUCUCCCGCUCCCAGUACAGCCACUCUCCUCCGGCCGAACAAAGAGGCCCCGGGACGCCGCGGAGCCUGCCAUGCCCGGACGGGUCGCGCCAGACCAAAGGGCCAAGGGCGGAGGCGGCGGUCACAAAGCGGCUUUUGUGCCACCCACCCGACCCGCUGCGGAAGCCGAAAUUACCCCCGGCCGCCGCGCAAGCCGGACCGCGCCGCCCCCGUCGCCCCGGGCUCGGGAGGGACUCAAAAGCCUGUGCCUCCGGCGGUCAACCGCCACCCUGCAGCCCCGAGGGGCCCGGCGUCUGCCUCCGCACAGCCGGCCGCAAUCGGCCGGCCACAGGGCCGUAACCAGCCCGCUCCCACCCGGGACCCACCGGAACUGCAACCCGGGGCAACCUGGAGGAGACGCCGGGCUCCGAACAAAGGCGACAGCAGGGAUAGGAGGGCCGGUCGUGGAUUCCCAACCCGAGAGGCGACGAUGCGACGGCUACUCACAGGAAUAUGUUUACUCAUUGAAGAUUGUGGCCUAAUCAUACAGCCGGUCCCGAGGCGGCGGCGACACAGGCGGUGGUGGCGGCUGCAGGGCAGGAGGACGGCGGUGGUCGUGGCGGAGCGGCGGUGGUGGCGAUGCAGGCGGCGGCGGGGGCACCAGACUCUACCAUGCAGUGAGCGGCUCCGAGCAGAGCGCGUAGCCGAGCCGGCCCGCAGCCGAAGGAGCCAAUACACGCGCCGAGGCGCCCUUGCGUCACAAGCCCGCCCCUUUAUAACCGGUGCGACGUGCAACCCUCCAGCCACCAAUCGCGGCCUGGAACCGCGGGCCGGGAGACUACAGGCGGGGGCGGAGACCCGCCCCCCGCGGACGUCACUCCGCGGCGGCCGCCGCCGGUGUGAACCGGUUGAUGAAUGGCUAAGCGCCGAACCGGAGCAUCCCUCGGGCGGGGGAGGGAAGGGGCUGCCGGGAGGACUCCGGGAUGCAGGAAGCCUGAGGUUAAGAAGGGGUGGGAGCGAGAGAGAUUCCGAUCUAUCGACUGGAAGAACUCCUGCUGCAAACCACUUUUCUCAUAAUUAAAACCAGCCAGGAGUGCACACAUGUCACAUGAGGAGACUCGAAGUUUGCCUGAAUCGUAAAAUGCAAUCCCUCUAGGGCUGGAACCGCGUCUCGGUGUCGACCCUAUUUUCUACUGCCUUAACCACGGUCAUCUUUGCCAGUGGUUUACCUUGGCACCUGGGUCCCGAGUACAUUCGUCAUCAAAUAAUAUUUAUGUCGCACGACCGCUGUACCCGGUGACUCAACACCUUGCAUGCCACGGCCUUAGGCUUGGUCAAGAUGAAUUCUUGUCCCUGGGGGCGCUUUCAAGCGGGGAGAAACUUACCUUCGCAAAACUUAAUGCUAUAGAAGAUGGGGAGAGUAUCUUUUGAUGCAGACGAAGCCCUGUGCUCCCUAUAUUCUUUUUUUGAUCACGCCUCUGUACUACGUACGCAUGCAACUGCAGUUGGCUCAAUUGUGGCAUUUCGAAAUCACAUGCAUCCUUUGUACUGCUGCUCACUUGAUAUGUUGUCUCAGAUAAUGAAAGGUUAGGAAGUGCUUAAAGAAAGUGUUUUGAGAAAUUAAGAAUCUUCGGUUUUGUCAAGCACUGAUGUAAUUCUUUGCGUCAAAGCUAAAGCUCUUCUUUAUGUUCGUUUUUUAAUGUUCGUUGUCAGUCCUCUUUUACUGACUUCAUUAUUUAAGCCCCUCAGAAGUAAAGUCUUAUCGCAGUUCUGUGCCAUACAAGGGCAACUCUGUUAUUUAUAAUCUGAAAACCCUUUCUCCUCAGCUCUGGGGAAGGAGUAAACAGGACGUUUACCUGCUUUUGAAGAACUCAGUUUUCCACUAACACUGAAGCCUUUUGUUUGUUAUUUUCACCGAGUAUGAGAUUGGAGAGGUCUUUAGGGAUCAAAUUUUGUCCUCUCUCAGUGCGCUGCAGCAUCCUAGGAUUUAUUUAGAGACUCUGGUUGUAUAUUUAUUCAACUUUCUUAACACUGUAAGUAAAAUAAAAACUUUCAAAAAACAAAAACAAAAUCGUGGGCCAGACUUUCAAAGGAACAAAAACUAAUCGUCAUUUUGAAGAAAAUGACUCACCUAGGACACAUUUUAAUCCAUUAAAAUCAAGGGAAACUAGCACACUUGAGAAAUAUGUCCCUUUACAAAUAAAUGAUUU